UCCUUCUGCAGCGCUUUUGACUAUUAUGGAUGCAGAGGAAAAUAAGUUUGUGAGCACACACUUAAGACAACAUAACUUCAUUACUGGAAGGGUAUGGCUUGGAAUGCAGACUAAGGCUCAGUCCUUGAAGUGGCUUGAUGGCUCCGAGGUUAAAUACGCCAACUGGGCAAAGGGAAAGGAAAAUGCCAGUGGCGAAUGUGGUGUUAUGUUUUCAGCAAAUGGAACAUGGACCAGGAUGGACUGCAAGAAUGUCCAAAGCAGAGUUGUAUGCAAAGCUCCACAAAGUAUGUAUGCUUUCAAUCUUUUCAAGGAAAUUCAAGGUUGGAAAUGUUACUUUUUUGUACUAAACCCUCCAGAAACCCCUUGACAGCAUGGCUUGGGGCUAUUCCAAACUCUGAAGAGUAUACAGGUUGAGUCUCCCUUAUUCAAAAUGCUUGGGACCAGAGCCGUUUUGGAUUUCAGAGUUUUUCAGCUUUUGGAAUAUUUGCAUAUA